CACUACACGCUGCCGCGUAAAGAAUUGCGCAAAGCGCGGCCCAAGGCUGCCCUCGCGAGAUCUGCCGAAGAGUGACAGUGGGGCCGGUUUGGGGAUCCGAAGUGAGUAGGCAUCGAUUUGAGGGAGCGAACAAUGCAUUCGCCAAGUUUAUUCCUAACGCGACGCAUCGCAGUGAGCUUCUGCAGGGCAAUCUCCACAUCCAGAAUGGUCCAGAUCAAGGAAGGUGACAAGCUGCCCGGCGCGGAUUUGUUCGAGGAUUCGCCGGCGAACAAGGUCAACACGGCGGACUUGUGCCGCGGCAAGAAGGUCAUCCUGUUCGCUGUGCCGGGAGCCUUCACUCCGGGCUGCUCCAAGACGCACUUGCCGGGCUACGUGGACAAGGCGGAGGAGCUGAAGGGCCAAGGCGUGAGCGAGAUCGUGUGCGUGUCCGUGAACGACCCCUUCGUGAUGUCCGCCUGGGGCAAGGACCACGCAGCCGGCGGAAAGGUGCGCAUGCUGGCCGAUCCGUGCGGCGCGUUCACCAAGGCGGUGGACUUGGGCGUGGAUCUGCCGCCGCUGGGCGGCUUGCGCUCCAAGCGCUACUCAAUGGUCAUCGAGGACGGCGUCGUGACAGCCCUGAACGUCGAGCCGGACGGCACGGGUCUCACGUGCUCGCUGGCGGACAAACUCAAGCUUAAGUGAAUAUCAGAGCCUUUCCCAAAUCCAUCAGUAGGAUCCCUGAAAUUACACCUUUGUAUCUCACCCAGGAAUUUAGCGAUAUUCGAGAUGAAAUCCUCUUAUAUUUUAGAGAAAAAUUUACUACUUAGCAUUGUUAGCAUUCGAAUACUUCACGGAAUAAAUCGACCUUAGUCCAGAUUCUAAACACUA